AAACUGCGCACGUUCAUUUGCAGCUGAGUCGAUUACACAGCAAAGAUGUCGGACGAAGAGAUGCGAGAUGCCUCGAGCAAGAAGAAGGGAAUCUUCUCUAGUUUAAAGCGAAAGAAAGGUGGCCGUGGUAGGAAGUCACGCUCAAUGCCACAUCUUAUCGAUGCACGACUCAAUAAUAAUGGUACCAAGUUGAAUAAUACUAAYACUAUGCAUUUYUCCCCAUCAGCYAAGGAUGCGACAGAGGACGCUGGUUCCUUGCAACCAUCAACAACUGAGGGAGCUGCGGUUGUUGAAUGUACUGCAACGGACGUUUCUCCCGGGUCAACGGCUGGCGAUGUUGCCAAAGCCGGUAAAUGUGCCUUCUUUGCACUCGAUGUUGAGUUAAAAGAAGGAAAAGACCUCGCCGCCCGGGACAAAACAGACACUUACCACGUGGAGUUUGAGCAUGAUGGCGUUUAUACCAAAAAUGUUCAGCGUUCAGGAACCAGUGACCCUUAUGUCAAAUUCAAAGCUGAUGGGCGACAAAUUUAUAAAAGUCGCACCAUUUCAAAAAAUCUCAACCCACAAUGGAACGAAAAGUUCUGUGUACCCAUUGAGGACAUCUCAACACCAAUGGUCCUAAAAGUCUUUGACUUUGAUCGUGUUGGCAAUGAUGAUCCAAUGGGAAAGGCUGUUGUGGAUCUCACUUCCUUAGAAGUAGAAAAGCCAACAGAAAUGGAACUAGAGCUCGAAGGAGAUGAUGGAGAGAAACUGGGCACAAUCUGUGCAAUUUUCACAGCAACGCCAAAGAAUAUAGAGGACAGACAAGAGGUCACUCGACGAGCCUCUGCAAACCGUAAAGCGGGAGCCGGUGGUAAAGGGGGCGACCCCAAGGGUGCUGUAACUGGCCAACUGUGGGAUGGUAUCGUCUCGAUUAUCUUAGUAGAAGGCAAGAAAAUGAUUCCAAUGGAUGACUCAGGUUUCAGUGACCCCUACUGCCGAUUCCGUUUGGGUAAUGAAAGAUACAAGAGCAAAGCUUGCAAAGAGACUCUUAACCCUUAUUGGGCAGAACAGUUCGACCUCAAGUUCUAUGCUGAUACUUCCAUGGUACUGGAAAUCGUUGUGUAUGACAAGGAUAUAAGAAAGGAUGAGUUCAUGGGAAGAUGCCAAAUUGAUCUAACUUCUAUGGCUCGCGAGAAAUCUCACAAAAUUGAAGCAGAACUAGAAGACGGGGCUGGUACGAUCAUCUUCCAUCUUGCAAUCACUGGACAAGAAGCUCCGGGAAGCGAAGCUGAUCUUGGCGCAUUCAAGGAAGACCCAGCACGUAGAAAGGAAACAGUUAAGCGAUUUGGUUUGAAAAACACCCCAAAGAAGAUCAAGCAGAUUGGAUGGCUUCAAGUCAAGUUGCACAGAGCUGUUGGGUUAGCUUCGGCUGAUCUUGGUGGUGCUAGCGAUCCAUUUGCUGUCGUGGAAGUCAAUAAUCAGCGUCUUGUUACCCAUACCAUUUACAAAACAUUGAAUCCUGCUUGGAACAAGAUAUGGGAAAUGGAGAUUGCCGACCCUCAUGACUUUCUGGACAUUACCGUCUAUGAUGAAGACAAGAGAGGGGCCCCAGAGUUCCUUGGCCGUAUCAUGAUACCCCUUUUACAUGUUACCCCAGGAGAAAAGCGUCUGUACCAAUUAAAGAACAAGAGCUUGGAAGGACGCGCCAAAGGACAUCUCAUCAUGACUCUAGACUUUAUCUAUAACCCAAUCAGAGGUGCCGUUCGAACCAUCAACCCACGCGAACCCAAAGUCAUGUUCGAAAAGCCAAAAUUCAAACGACAGCUUCUUCAACGAAAUAUCGACCGAACAAACAAACUCGUGGCAAGUUUAGUGUCUGCUGGAGCGUUUGUUGGGUCUCUGUUUACAUGGCAGUACAAGUUUAGAAGCGCCUUUGGAUUUAUGAUUUACAUUAUGAUGUGCUUGAACUUCGAUUUCUACAUUAUACCGCUGACACUUCUACUUAGCUUCUUGAAACAAUACGUCGUAUGUAUGUUGAUGACAGACCGAAACGUCAACCCCGAAGAACAGGAAGGAGGUGACGACGAAGACGAGGAUGACGAUGACGAUGAGCCAGCCGAGAAAGGAAAGAAGAAAGGAGAAGGGAAGAGCUUUAAGGAAAAGAUGCAAGCUAUCACGAAUAUAUGUUCCACUGUGCAAAAUGCUCUCGAUGAAGUGGCUUCUAAUGGCGAACGCUUAAAGAAUACAUUCAACUGGACAGUUCCAUUCUGUUCUUAUUUGGCAUGCGCAGCAUUCACUAUUGGUACAAUUGUCUUGUACCUUGUUCCACUCAAGUUCUUACUACUCGCCUGGGGAAUCAACAARUUUACCAAGAARAUCCGAAAACCAAACGCUGUUGAUAAUAACGAAUUAGCUGAYUUCUUGUCACGUAUUCCAUCCGACGUUCAAAUUAAACAAUUGAAACUCCUGAAGACUGAUCCAGCACUUAGGCUCAAGCGAGUGGAUGACUAGCUMCGCUGUCCCUUCCUACGAUUCUUCAAAGAAAUCCUAACAGGUUCAUCAGAUCACUCUGAUGUCCCCACAUGAAGGAAUGGCCCUGGCCUAGCUUUCCCACAAAAUGGAAAGUGAAGAAAUAUGAAUUGAAAUCAAAUGGAUGAGAAAAUGUUUUUUUACAUAGAUGUAAAGCUAGCAUUCUCAAAAUUUUGCCUAGAAACCUUUUAAAAAAUCAACGAAGAGUUUCCACAUAGAAGAAAAUUAUUUAAAAAUUUCAAAUUUGAUAUUUAUAACUUACAAAUUGUACAGUCGUGUAGUUAGCGAGUAUAAAUAGAGAAAAUGCCUUGAUUUUAUUUAAUAAUUAGCUAGAUAGAAGUAUUUACAAUUUAACGACGAAAUCGUCAAUUUAUCAAAGCAUAGAAUGUCCCGAUCCCACCCCUAGUGAAUGUCCUAAUGUCGACCUCAGCGCCCAACCCUCGGGACUUUUUUUUCAAUUGCCAGAUGCAAGCCUGAUGAAGGCGAUUGCAAUUGAAGUCUAUUAGACUUUGUUUAUUGUCAUGAUUAUCGAUGCAAUGCUGAAGAGAAUUGUACAUUUUUCUUUUUUCUUGGAUUAUUUAACAAGCACCACUGCUUUGCACUAUUUCAAUAAAAUCACUUUUUAAAGUCAUAA